UGUGUAGGUCUCUUGUAACUGAAUGAUGUGUUCUGUUUUCCUGUGGCACCGUUUGCAUACAGCCACGUUUGAUCUUCACUAUUUUCAUUUCCUAUAGUACUUUUCAUCCCUGUAUAUAUGUACAGGAGUCACUUCACCCACCACCGAAUUGCAGCCACUUCUGAGUUGGAACGCAGCAACUGUUUAACAGCGCACUUUCCCCUAGGUGCUGACAGCUACAGAAGAAAUUGCACAUGGUCCUGUACAGAAGGUAUUUCUCCACUGUGCCAUUGGAGAGUGACACUGACUAGGAGUCCUACAUAGACUGUACUACUGAGAGAGUGUGUUUGAUCCAGGGAACGGUUGAAGCACUGAAUGCGGUUCAUGGAUUCAUUGCAGAAAAAAUUCGAGAAAUGCCUCAGAAUGUGGCCAAGACGGAACCUGUCAGCAUUCUACAACCCCAGACCACCGUUAAUCCAGAUCGCAUCAAACAAACAUUGCCAUCUUCCCCAACUACCACCAAGUCCUCUCCAUCUGAUCCCAUGACCACCUCCAGAGCUAACCAGGUAAAGAUUAUAGUCCCCAACAGCACGGCAGGGCUGAUCAUAGGGAAGGGAGGUGCCACGGUGAAGGCCAUCAUGGAGCAGUCGGGGGCGUGGGUGCAGCUGUCGCAGAAGCCCGACGGGAUCAACCUGCAGGAGCGGGUGGUGACGGUGAGCGGCGAGCCCGAGCAGAACCGCAAGGCCGUGGAGCUGAUCGUGCAGAAGAUCCAGGAGGACCCGCAGAGCGGCAGCUGCCUCAACAUCAGCUACGCCAACGUGACGGGCCCCGUGGCGAACUCCAACCCCACCGGCUCGCCCUACGCCAACACGGCCGAGGUGCUGCCCACGGCCGCGGCGGCCGCGGGGCUGCUGGGACACGCCAACCUCGCCGGCGUGGCCGCCUUCCCCGCCGUGCUCUCGGGCUUCACGGGCAACGACCUGGUGGCCAUCACCUCGGCGCUCAACACGCUGGCCAGCUACGGCUACAACCUCAACACGCUGGGCCUGGGGCUCAGCCAGGCCGCGGCCACGGGGGCCCUGGCCGCCGCCGCCGCCAGCGCCAACCCGGCCGCGGCCGCCGCCAACCUGCUGGCCACCUACGCCAGCGAGGCCUCGGCGGGCGGCGGCUCGGCGGGCGCGGGCGCGGCCGGCACCUUCGCCCUGGGCAGCCUGGCGGCCGCCACCGCCGCCACCAACGGGUACUUCGGGGCGGCCUCGCCCCUGGCCGCCAGCGCCAUCCUGGGCACCGAGAAGUCCACCGAUGGCUCCAAGGAUGUGGUGGAGAUCGCCGUCCCCGAAAACCUGGUGGGGGCCAUCCUGGGCAAAGGAGGGAAGACGUUGGUGGAGUACCAAGAGUUGACUGGGGCCAGGAUACAGAUCUCCAAAAAGGGAGAGUUCGUGCCGGGCACGAGGAACCGCAAGGUGACCAUAACUGGAACACCGGCUGCCACCCAGGCGGCUCAGUAUUUAAUUACGCAAAGGAUCACGUACGAGCAAGGAGUCCGGGCUGCCAACCCCCAGAAAGUGGGGUGA